AUGGCAGCCGCCGGCGACGCACAGCUCUUCGAGGAGACCUUCGUCAUCACCAACUACGACCAGAGCAAGUAUGACCGUGUCGCGCGUAUCACGGCCACCUCGAACGACAAUGCGACGCAGAUGACCCUGGACGUCAACAUUGAGCUGUUCCCCUGCAGCACGGGCGAGACCCUGCAGGUGGUCCUGGCCACCAACCUGUCCCUGGACGGCAAGGGCGACUCGGAAGAGAGAGGCUGGCGCGACGUCAAAGCCGGCGCUGAGAGCACCCUGGCCGACAUGUACGACUAUGUCUGCCAUGGCAAGAUCUACAAGUUCGAGGACGGCGCGGAUGGGCAGUCGAUAAAGGCGUACGUCUCCUUUGGUGGCCUUCUCAUGAUGCUCGAGGGACCUAGCAAGAAGCUCCUUCCCCUGCGAGUCGACAACACAUAUCUACUUGUGAAGAAAUAG